AUGGCCAGACAGUGACAGGAUGAAGUCUCCAAGGAGAAUCAACUUGUGCUCUUUGUCUGGAAAUCUUCAAAGAUCCCAGUGAUUCUGGACUGGAAACCCAGUAGGAUACAAACAUCUCCUGGCCUCACUGCAGACAGAUCUUUGUCCCGAGGACCAUCAGGCUGAAGAGGCAGUUGGUGAAAGCUGUAGAAAAAGCUGAGCAGCUCAGCGUGCUGGCAGUCAAAGAGGAACAGAAUAGACAGGAGCGACCAGAAGUGCCCUAAGGACACCAGCAGCCAUGGCCUCACCAAGACCAGGGCAGGGCAUCCAAGAGGAAAUCAAGUGUCCCAUCUGCCUGGAGCACCUGACCGACCCAGUAACACUAGACUGUGGGCACAACUUCUGCCGAGCUUGUAUCAGUGAUUACUGUGAGAUCUGGGAAGAACACGGACCUUUGGAGUGUCCUGUCUGCAGAGCCGAGUUUCAGAAAGGGAAUCUCUGCCCAAACUGGCAGCUGGCAAAUCUUGUAGAAGGCAUUAAACAAUUGGAGUUAGUUUCUGGAGUUGAGGAUCUGUGCAUGAAACACAAGAAGGAGCUUAACUUGUUCUGCGAGGAGGACGGGGCGACUGUGUGUGUGGUUUGUGAGAGAUCCCCAGAGCACAGAGCUCACUCAGUGCUGCUCAUUGAGGAGGCUGCCCAGAAAUACAAGGAGAAAAUUCAGGUUGAACUGGAGAUUCUAAGGAAAGAGAGAAAAAGGCUUGAAGACCUGAAAGUGAGUGAAAGUCAGAAACACCAGGAAUGUCAGACAAAGACAAAGGCUGAGAGGCAGAAGGUGUUGUCUGAGUUUAAGCGACUGCACCAGUUUAUUGAGGAACAGGAGCAACUCCUGCUGGACCGGCUGGCAGAGCUGGAGAGAGAGAUUGAGAAGAGUCAGCAGAAAACUGUCUCCAAACUCUUGGAGGAGAUCUCCCAUCUGGACAGCCUGAUCAGUGAGAUGGAGAGCAAGUGCCAGCAGCCACCAAGUGACCUCCUGCAGGACAUCAGAAGCACGUUGAUCAGGUGCAAGAGGGGGCAGUUCCAGCUGCCGUUGGAGAUUUCUCCUGAGCUGCAACCAAGACUCAAAAGCUGGUCUGAACUAAAGGGAGGGGUUUAGACUGCUUCAAGGUUAGUGGUUAUGGUGCUGACACAGUAAGCUGAGCAUUUUGUUCUUCCAGACACCCUGCAGUCUUAUCUGGAGAAGGGGUCAUACUCCAAAGUGAUGGUGACUCUGGAUCCAGACACGGCUCAUCCCCGUCUUGUCCUUUCUGAGGAUCAGAGAAGUGUGAGAUGUGCAGUCAGAGAGCAGCAUCUGCCUGACAGUCCUGAGAGAUUUGACACGCACUGCUGUGUGGUGGGCCGUGAGGGAUUCACUUCAGGGAGACACUACUGGGAGGUGGAGGUGCAGGAACAGAGGUUCUGGGUUGUGGGAGUUGCCAAAGAGUCUGUGAGGAGGAAGGGAGACAUCCAGUUUAGCCCAGAGCAGGGGAUCUGGGCUGUGCGGUGCUGCUUUGGUCAGUGCCAGGCUCUCACUUCUCCUCGUCGCACCCGCUUGUCCAGGCGCCAGGUGCCCAGCAGGAUCCGUGUGUGUCUGGACUAUGCAGGGGGACGGGUGUCAUUUCUCGAUGCUGAUACAAAGGCUCCAAUCUUCACCUUCCCGCCAGCCUCAUUCACUGGGGCCAGAAUCCAGCCCUUGUUCUGCCUGAGGGGCAUUGGAGCCGAGCUCAGGCUGUGGCACUGAAAUGGGGGGUGGGCAGGGGAGACAUCCCAUGGGGAAUGAUGGACUUGUCCACUCCAGCCUCCUGCCCUCCAUGACCCAGAGGGAUCUCUGCCCCCCAGCCCCCAUGACUGCACCUCUGUCACUCCUGGAGCUGCAGCAGAUAAAAGGGCACAGUCUGAAUACACAAUCCUAUUGUGCAAGUGUCACCAGGCUGGCUUGUCCCUGCAUACUAUAUGGCUCUGGAGGACUUGAGCCGGGUUGGCCAUGAAGUCUUCCAUUCAGCAAGCCCCCGACUGGGGAGUCCAUGCCCCUUCCCUGUUUAGAGCAGCCCACGGGAUCUCUGCAAAGCCCUGCAAAGUGCCCUUGGGCAUCCUGUGGUCAGGGAGGCCCCUGCUGCAGGAUGUGUGUAGGGCUGAGAGGGGCUGAGCCCUGACAGGAGCUUCCCAUGGGGAGCUGCUGACCUGGGUUGAAUUUGGGUUGGUUUCAAUCUGCAGCCAAGGCCUCUGGGCAGGGGGUUUCAGUGACUGAAGUGCCCCAGAUCCCAUCAGAGGUAGGUGCCUCCCACCCUCAACCUCCUCUGUCAAUACUAGCUCCACUGCAUUGGACACUUGUACUGUAGACAGAAGCAGAAAUUUUAACAAAGGCCUCCCCCUUUUUUUUUUUUUUUUUUCAAAUAACUUUGGUCCCUUGGUCUUAAGUCUCCCUUUUCUCGCCCUGCAUCUCACUGUCUCAUUCUGUCCCAAGUCCUGGCUGAUGUGGGCAGGAUGUCACCUGUGGGAUGGACACCUCUUUUCUUUGGCUCAGCCCUUGUACUGGGCGUGGUGUCACAGUUAUCUUUAAAGUAUCAUAAAGACCCUUAAAACAGAAACAUUAUUCUAUUGCAGGGUGUUAACCUGUGCUAAGGUACCCUCUAUAUGGUGUUAAAUUAUGCCAGUUCAGGCAAGGGUAUCUUUUUUUUUUUUUUUUUUCCACUUUACCCAGGUCCUUUGAAGGUAUUGUUAAUCUCUUCCACAGGCAAACAUAAAGCUUUAUUUUCACUCCUCCUGUAGCCUAGGAUGCAUCAUUCCCAGCCCUGCCCACUCCUUUGCUCCAUGGGUAAGCUUUUAACCAAAAGUCAACACCCCCUGCCAAGCCCAGCACACCCUGACCACUCUGAGCACCCAGUGCAGCUCACCAGUUGGCUGCUUGCUGUAGCACACCAUGCACAUAGCAACAGCAAUCCUAAUACCUACCUCCAUGAAGAGAAUGAGCUCUUGAUCACUGUGGCAUGUACACAGCGAGCCUGCUGGGUCUCGGCUCUGCCUUGGGGUGAGCACUAACCCAAUUCCGACCCAAUCUAAGCCCAGUUCAGUGAAACAUGCUGGAUUUUGGUCCUUGCUUUUUCUUUUUAUUCUUUCUUUCACUGUCUAACAGGGUGGCUUUUCCCCUUAAGAGAAGGCAGCUAAUUAGACUGAAGGGCUGUAGCUGGAGGAGGCUGUGGCCUGCUGGGAAUGAAGGACUCCAGAAGGCAUAUCUAGAGUGUGGAGAAGCCCCAGAGGCAGGGGACAGCUGUGCUAGGAGGGCAAGCAUGGGAAGGAAGGUUGCAGCUAUGGCAGACCCAUUUCAGGGACCAGGAUGAUGUGGUUUCUGUUUGUUGAAGGACAGUAUGUAACUGGGGCAGGCUGGGAGGCACUCUGGGCAGCACGGGUCAGCAGGGUCCUAUAAUACUAAGGCUACUAAGAGGUACUUGGAGAAGGGAGAAAGUCUGGUUGAAAGACCCUGAGGUGACAACCUGCUCCACACUGCUCUCUCUUCACUUCUCUGUGUCUACUCACUUCGAUCAGUUUUUUUUUCAAAACUUUUUCCUUCCUGGCUGUGGUUCCAUCUGGCUCCUGUUAACUGUGGAGUGUGGGAAGCCACACUACCCAAGGUGGUUUCUUCACCUCCAAGCUACCUGUCACUAUCCUUCCUCUGCAGGGGGAGAAGAGGCAAGAGGGAGUCCUGGCUCCUGUCCAUGUCCCUGCUUGCCAGGCCUUAGAGGCAAGUCACUGUUGUGUAGGACUGAGAUGGCAUUAAGCCUUAACCUGGGACUGUUCUGAAACUGUUCUUUAUAUACGAUAUAAAGUCUGCCACAGACUUUAAAUGCCUUAAAGGUAACAUGUAACAGCACCCCUAGUCAUCACCCACUAUGAAGAGGUGUUCAGACAGCACUUAUGACAGCUCCUCAAAACCCCAGUUGCAGGUAUGCAACAGUUAAUAGUCCGUCUGGCCGUAAGGCUGGGAGUCAGGAGCAACUGCUGCUUGGUGAGCGAGCCACAGAGAGGGAUAAGAGCUCGAGGAGCAGUCUGCAAGGGGGAGAGAAGCAAGUGGGGCUGUGGUGCUGAGGAAGAAGCCCAGAGCCUGGGUUGCCACUCUCAAGGUCUGAAGGAAGACAGAAGCUUUGGUGUGGUGUGGUUUGCCCACCUGCUCAUUUUGUUGUUUGUCUUGUAUACAGUGGGGACAAGGCUGCCCCAUGCAAAAUAAAACUGUCUGGAAACCCUGAA